AUGACUGCUGGUACAGAGCCCGUUCAGACAGGGAUCGCCCACUUGAAGAACAACACAGACCCGAAGUGGUGGCUCGAUAAAGGCAUGCGCAAGCUGUCGCUGGGUAUCUUUGUUGGAUUCUGCUGCUCUAUUCAAACUGGGUAUGACGGCGCUCUUAUCGCGUCUCUGCUGGCGAACCCUCGCUUCUGGGUUGCGCUCGGAAACCCAAGCGCCACCAAACUCGGUCUCAUUGUCGCCUCCCAGUCCAUGGGCACAAUCCCAGGCCUCAUUCCCUCGGCCAUCCUCUCCGACUUGAUGGGACGCCGCUUCGGACAAAUGUGCGGUUAUUUAAUCCUCAUGGCGGGCGCAAACACACUGGCCUUCGCCAGCCCCUUGAGCCCCAACUACAUGAUUGCCGGUCGUGUCAUUAUUGGUUUCGGCUCGGGUAUGACCACAAUCGCAGGUGCCCCGUAUACCGCUGAGAUUGCACACCCCCGCAAUCGUCCCCAGGCCACCGCGCUCGUCCAGGCUUGCUUCUUCAUUGGCAGCGUGACAUCCGCCUUCGUUUCUCUCGGUUGUUUCAUGGGGAUCGACAACGACUGGAGCUGGCGUCUUCCUCUCUUGUUGCACAACGUCAUGCCCAUCACCGUCCUCUCCCUCCUCUAUUUCGUUCCAGAGUCGCCUCGCUGGCUCGUCAGCAAGGGUCGCGUUGACGAGGCCCAUCAGAUCCUGGCCAAGUACCACGCCAACGGCAAGAUGGAUGACGAGUUGGUCGAGUGGGAGCUCGCCGAGAUCCAACGCGCACUUCAGAUCGAAGAGGUUGCCAAAACGACAAAGUUCAGCACCUUCUUCAAGACCAAAGGGAACCGCUGGCGUCUGGGUAUUAUUGUCUUGACUGGGCUAUCGUCUCAGUGGGUUGGCAAUGGUAUCAUCACCCUUUACGUCGUCUCCAUCCUUAACUCUGUCGGCAUCACCAACCCUAUCGACCAGAAAAUUUAUAAUGGUUGCUUGCAGAUCUGGAACGGUAUUUCGGCAAUCAGCGGCGCGCUCGUCUGCGAACGUUACGGUCGUCGCAAGAUGUGGCUCACCUCGUGCAUCUCCCAGUUCAUCUCCUACUCCAUCAUCACUUUGUGCUCGGCCCUCUACGCCAACGGCAAUCACGCUGCGGGCUAUGUCGUACUAGCUGGUUUAUUCCUGUACUUUGCGUCUUACGCGAUUGCGUUCACUCCACUUCUCCUCGCCUAUCCCAUCGAGAUUCUCCCCUUCUCUCUCCGCUCCAAGGGUGUCUCCCUCCUCCUCAUCUGCUCGCUUAGUGCCACCCUGAUCAAUACUUUCCUUAACCCAAUCGCUCUCGAAGCCCUCGAAUGGAAGUUCUACUUUGUUUUCCUCGGAGUCCAGGUCCUCGUUACCGCUUUGAUCUACUUCUAUUUCCCCGAGACCCAGGGCCACUCCCUCGAAGAAAUUGCUGUCAUCUUUGACGGCCCUGCGUCCAAGGCCACCCCGGACGACGCUGACGACUUCGCUGCCCCGGCCGAGCGUCGCCCCACACUGGACCCGCAGUAG